AUGACACACUCCACUCCACGGAGGUGUGAAACUGCAGCUCAGAGGCCGGGGCUGCAGGAGGGGUUGGAGGAGGGGGGCGCCCCGGGGCAAGAGGGCAGGGAAGGGCAAGGGGUUCCUCACCCAGGGGGGCUGGAGGCCCGCAAGUCCCCAGGGCCCCGUCGUCCGGCGGCUGCAGCCCCUCGGCCAUGCCGGAGCGAUGGAGGAUCCGCGGCCCCCGUGGCAGGCAGGCAGGCAGGCCGAGCAGUCAAGCCCUCGUCGGGGGGCGGCGGCGGCAACUCCGGGCUUCACCCGCCAGGGCCCCGACUGGCACAGACCGCCCCCCCCCCGGCAGGUUGGCAGCUGGACGAGCAGGACGCGAUGCCCCCCCCCCCCGCCGAAGGACAAGUGCGGCCCGCCUCCCCCUCCCGAGGUGACCCCCCGCCCGCCCUUUGUUCUCCGCCCGCUCCCGGGCUGGGCAGCCCCGCCACCCCCGAGGGAGAGAGGACGCCCCGCACCCCCGACGCCCUCUGCUCCACCCUCCCUGCCUGCCCUCCUGCCGCGGGGCUGGGCCGCCGCCUCCUCGUCCUCCCGGAGCGCGAGGGGGGGGCGGCGCCGGAGUCACGCUCCGCGGGCCCUUUAAGAGCCGGAGCAGGCCGGGAGUUGUAG